CUGGAGUCAGGUAUUAUUACGCUUUCUGAAAUAACUGAAAUUUUUGUUGUCCCUUUCUCUCUUUUUCCUCCCUCUCACUCCAUCUAAUUUUGCUUGAGAAAAAUAAUAAUAACAGUUCUAUCGACAGUGUAUUCUAGAUUACAACAAGUAAAGGAACUGCUACUUGAAGUUGCCUUGUGUUUCAUUGAGCAAAUUGAUGGUACUUCCGCUGAUGUAGUGUUCAACAAAUGAAUGUGUCACAUUAAUGCUUGAAUAUUAAGUGGAUAUCAGUUAUUGGAGAAAAUAAUCCCAAGGUCUUGAAUAACAUUUUCGAAACUUUUAAAUGGAUUUUAAAGACCUUUUAAAUGACAGUAAUGGUGAAGAACAUAUUGAAAUUUGGAGGGAUCUGAUUUAAUGACUGCCCUAGGCUUCAUAUAUAUUUAUCCAAUUUGCUAAGAGAAUAAAAGUGUCUGAAUAAAUAUAAAGAGUUUUUCUCUGGCAGAUAUCAUAGAGCUUGUAGCAUUUUCUGAACAGCUGAAGCAAGACUUAACAUCAUCUACUUCUCAAAAUGGUAGCGAAAAAUCUCGAAGUGGGAGAUCUUGUUUGGGCCAAAAUGAAAGGCUUUCCAGCAUGGCCAGCCAAAAUAAUUGAACCUCCAGCAGAUGCAAAAUCUAGCAAACCAAAGAAAGAGCACCAUUAUGUUUAUUUUUUUGGUUCAGACAAUCAUGCAUGGAUAAUGGAUGAUAACAUUGUACCACAUACAGACAGUAUGCUGGAGACUGGUGGUAAAAAACGUUCAGCUGCACUGCAGAAAGCUGUUGAAGCAAUUUUAAAUUACAGUAAACACAAUUUUAAGAAAGAUAAGCCAUCCACACAUAAAGCUGAUAAAACAGAUAUUCAGGUCGAGAAAGAUUCCCCUAAAAACAAGUCAACUCAGCUUGUCAAUAAUGUUGCAAAAAAGCGUGAAAAUAAAGUAGUGAAAAAAGUUCAACUUUCCAAAAAGGUUAAAGUGAUAAAUAUAGAAAAGAGAACACCCAAGAAGCGUCCUUCAGCCCAUGAAUCUGAUGAUGAGAAUAAUGAAGCUUCUGUAUCUCCUAAGAGAAGCAGGAUUAAUAAUACUGAUGAAUAUUCUGCACUUUUGGCUAGUGUUCCACCCAACAUGACAUAUUCCCAUAUUCCCUCCUAUGAUGAUGAUUCUCACUUGCAUCAGCCUCCGUCAAUUUUAGGCAGGCCACCCUAUGUCGAACGACCAGCUACUCCUCUGCUAGAUAUUGAAACUGUCAGUGAAACCUUGAAGACAAAGCAUGUCAAGCCUACAGAUAAAAAAAUUGGUUUCUUGGGGUUGGGUAUAAUGGGAAGAGGCAUUGUUAAGAACUUAUUAAAUUCAGGACAUCAGGUAACAGUUUGGAAUCGAAGUCCAGGAAAAGUGGAAAACUUUGCAAGAGCUGGUGCACAAAGAGGUAUGACUCCGGCUGAUGUUGUUACAGCCUCUGAUAUAACAUUCUGCUGUGUUUCUGAUCCAGAAGCAGCAAAAUCAUUGGUGUUUGGAAACUGUGGUGUAUUGAAGGCUUUGGAAAGUUGUGGUGUAGGUGGGAAAGGAUAUGUGGAAAUGACUUCCAUUGAUCCUGACACAUCUCGGGAUAUAGCUGAAGCAAUAACCACUAAUGGAGGCAAAUAUCUUGAAGCCCCAGUUAAUGGUUCAAAGAGACAAGCAGAAGAAGGCACCUUAUUUAUUCUAGCUGCUGGGGACAGAUCCUUAUUUGGAGAUUGUGAAACUUGCUUUCAUGCAAUGGGAAAUCAUGCAUAUUAUAUUAGUUGUGAAGUAGGAAAUGGUUCAAAGAUGAAUCUUGUUCUUAGCAUGCUCCUUGGAACAACAUAUGCAGCACUGUCAGAAGCUAUGGCUUUAGUAGAAAGAGCAAAACUUUCACAGGAUGACUUUUUGGAAAUCCUUUCAUUGGGAAGCUUAAAUAGUGAAGCAAUGCUGGACAAAGGUCACUCAAUACUUGUUCGAGAUUUUUCGACUAAUACACCUUUGAAACAUAUGCAGAAAGAUUUGAAUUUAGCCCUAAUGAUGGGCCAUCAUCUUGAGCAACCUUUGCCUCUUGCUGCUGCAGCAAAUGAAAUUUAUAAACAUGCGAAGCUCCUCAGAUACUCUGACCAUGAUGUUUGUGCUGUGUAUAUGGGUGCAAAGUACUAAUUGUGCUGUUCUGUUCAUAGCAGACUGUUAACUGUAUUGUUAUAUACAUAUUAUAUAUCCAAAGCAGAUGAUCUUUGCAUUUUACAAAGCUCAUUGUAAAUGUAUCUGAAAAUUGCAUGAGUCCAUUAAAAGUAUCAUUUGCAAAUCAUAUUUUACGAUUCUUGUCCAAGCAAGCAUGGAUUAUCAUCUGGCUAAAUUAUGGGACCAAUGUGAUACAUUUGGUACCUUCGUUGUUACUAAAUCAUCACUAAAUAUUUUAAUCAUUUUCAUCAGUAAUUUCUCUUACCUUGGUAAAGUGAAUGAAAGAAUGUCAAAGACAGGCAGCCAUAGGGUGCUUAGCCAUGACUGAAUACACAAAAAAUUAGAAUGGCCACAAAAAUUCACUUGGCAUCUGGAAAAAAAUAAAAGUAUUCUGUUAGCAGUAUUUUAAUUUUUGUGCAAAAAAUAUAUUGGUGUUGAAUAAUUUAGCUAUCAAAACAGUAAAUUUGACUAGGGUUAUUGUUUAUUGUCUGUAAGUAUAUUCAUAAAAGUUGUUGUGAGCAAAGUUAAAAAUGAUUUGAAUACUUCAUCCUUUAUAUAUAUCAUAGUUGCCAACACUUCAGUUUUUAUCAAAAGACUUCCAUUUCUUUGUAUUAUCUCUUGGUAGAUUACCAAAUCUCUCUGUUUUGAAUUUCUAGAUUUUACUUAGGAAACUGUUUCCUGCCAAUAAAUUAAAUUUGUCGAA